AUGUCGUAUAAACGUCGUAUGGAGAUGGAAGAUGGUAAUGAAGGAGGCUAUGAUCAAAAUCGAUAUGCAACAAAAAAAACAAUAGCUGAAGGAAGUUUUGAAAUAGCUCUUCUAAUAACAAAUGCUGUACAACUAAAAGUGUUAUUAGGAAAUAUGGAGAAAACAACAUUAUGGUGGGUGGGUAUUGCUUUAGGAAAACCACAGCGUCAACGACGUCUAGUAUCACUAAAUAAUUUCUCGUUAAUAUUAUCGGUUAUAUUGGCCGCUGUUAACGUUGUUCUAAACGUAAUUGUAGUUGUUGAUCCUAAUUUAUUAUCACCAACAAAUAAUACAACAAAGCUAAAAUUAACUUGA